AUGGCGUUUUUAUACGUAGUGUAUAGAAGAGAAGCCAGUAUUUAUGCUAGCAGUGCCUUCGAUAACAUUAGGCGAAUAGGAAAAUUUAAUCCCAAAAACAAAAAUCUUUCUGGAAACGCAGUCGGGAGAAAGGCUCUUGUGGUCAACUUGAGGAUCGCUGGAAGGGUUGAUCUUCAGUAUCUGCAGGCCACAGUAGACGCACCUUAUCCCAGAUAUUGUCUUCCGAAUGUACACGAAUCCCUGCUGGGAGAGUUUCGACGGGUCCAUCAAGACACUCCAUCUCUUGAAAGUCUCCAGCCUCACACGAGCAUCCCUCAAGUCGAUCUUCUCCUUGUGCGCGACAGCCCACUUCGCCAGGCCGAUGGUCUGCAGGUGUGCGCAGACGUACUUCUUUCCCGCGUGAUGAGGACACCUGUCACACUUGAGGGACUCGGCCAGCUUCUUCAGCGCCGGGCAGCCGAACGUCUCCAGGUCGUACACGUGCUUUCUCAGGAGAUCUUCGAGGAAAUCGCACUUCUCUAUCCCCUUGGCGAACAAGAAACGGAACUUUUUCGUACUCUUGGUAAGAACAUCCUCCAGCAUGAAGUACUCGAUGUUGCCUUGACUCCAUUCCAGGUGGUGGUGGUGCUUCUUGAGCCAUAUGUCGCUGGGGCUGCGCUCUUGGGGUAUCUCCCUGGGGGGCUUGAAGAGGAAGCUCUGCUCGGCGAGGGUAUCGAGGUCCAUGACAGAGACCUCCUUGACGAUGAACUUGGAAGGACCGAGGCCCAUGAAAGCCUGGAAGUCUAUCACUGCCGCCUCCAUCUCGCCAACUGGCCCCCACUUCUCUAGUUCCGCCUCCUCACGUCGCCCGCAGCGCCAAUCUAUACAGUCCUCUUCUCGAUUAAAAAGCUCUUAAUAUUGGUAUUUGUAUUACUCUUUGGGUCGUUAGAACAUUAAUUCCAGCCUCAAUCAAUUGCCCACCAAUUAUCCUCACGUCCUCCAAUUAUAGAAGAUUCCACGAACUAAAUUAAUCACUUUUAUUAAAAGCUAAUUUCGUUAAAAAUCUGGACAUGAUUCGUUUUAAUUUUCAUUAAACAAAAAGUGAAAAAUAAAGAUUUCAUUUGUUAUUAAAGUAUUGUAGAAUGGAAAUACAGUUUAUGGCAU